CAGAUGGAGUUCUACUCAUAUAUGUGUGGAGAAUGCUUCCAGGUCUAUGAUACUAUUGAUACUUUCAAGAAACAUGUAUGCCACAGUGAUGUGGAAAGCAUAUGUGAGCAUGAAGGCAAGCCUAUACUUUCUGCACAGAAAGGUAAAGUUCCUGAUGGAGAUGAAGAUACUCAGGAUAAUGAGGAUGGCAAAGGUGAAGAGACUCAAGGUGAUGAUGAGGGCAAAGAUGGAGCACUGAAGAAGAGAAAGAAAUAUCAAGCUAUGGAUGAUACAUAUCGUCUCAAUCGAACCAUGAGAGACAAGGACUUCAAGUUAAACAGAAGCCACUUUUAUUGCUUCAAAGAUACCCUUGGAGAUUGGGAUGAACGUUCAACUCAAUUUCUGAUUCAGCUUAUUCAUAAGUAUCCAAAAACCCACUUCUUGUUACCCAUAAAGACAGAAAAAAGAAUGGGCCAUUGGGAGAAUCUACAUAGAGAAAUGGAAACAGCAGGCUACACCUUUACUGUCUUGCAGCUUCGGAUGAGAUGGAGGGAGGUUUUACAGAAAUAUCGAUGGACGGUAGACUAUAAUGACUGUCAUGAGGUUAAGAAGAAAUGUGAAUAUUUUGAUGAGAUGAAUGAGCUCUUUGGUGACUGGGAUAAAGAUGCCACUCAUAGUCUUCUUAAACAGAUGCAUCGUGUUAAACUAGAAAACCAAAAAAAUAAAAUCAUCAGAAUUGGAUACAGUGGAUGGGAGAAAAUAACAGAAAAUUUAAACAGUGAGGGACACAGAUUCACCAUAAAUAUGGUUGAGGGAAGAUGGCGAAAUAUGGUGACCAUGUAUAAGACGACAGUAGACUACAACUUCAUACCAAAUGUUGAACCACGUUCUAUGGCCUACAGAAAAGAUCUUGAGGAGCUAGUGAAGUAUGUCCCUCAGCGCCGCCAGUACUAUGAGAAGCACAAAGGACGAUCUGUCAAAAUGGAGCGAUUUCCUACUAAUGGUGCAAGAUCUCUUCUCGAAGCAUAUAAAGAGUGUGUCAGUCGUUUUAUAGAUCCAGCUAUUGAUAACAGAGUUCUGUGGGAUGAAAUAACUCAGAAAGUGGAAAAUGAUGGUUUUAGUUUUACAACAUUCAAGUUAAAAGAAAUUCUUAAUGGAAUGAUUAAAGGUUUUGAGAAAUGCCAGUACCAUAACAGUCUUCCAGGAGCCAUACGUCGAGAUGUUCCCUUUUAUCGUGAUCUUGCUGAGAUUUAUGGGGUGUACAAUCGUUGGCCACACAUACAGAUUUCUAGAACAAUGGAAAUGAGGACUAAGAGGAAAUUCCGGCUAAGACUUCAGGCGAGUCAGCAGUUAUGGUCAUCAGAUGAAUCAAGAGCUCUGUUGCAAGUUUAUCCUGAUGUGCUCGAGUCCCAUGUUAGUCAGAAUGUGAACUAUCACACCAGUGAUCUCUGGCUCCAGGUUGCUAAGGCCUAUGCUGCUACAGGAUAUCCAAAGCGAGAUGUUCCAGAGAUAGCAAUUCACUUUGGUUUAUUACGCCAGGGGUAUUCCCAAGGAAAUCUGUUUCCAUUUAUUGAAGAGAUGCAACGAGUAAAAGAGACUGAAGAAGCUGUCUGUUACAGUCCUGAUGUCUCUAAGUUCACUGGAGAUGUGGAGAUAAUCUACUGGAAUCAUGAAGCAGUAAACCAUCUUCUCGAUUUGUACCUCAUAUACCAGCCAACUGCAUCCUCUUCCCAUGGUUGUAAAGAUGAAGUAUUCAUGAAAAUCAAAGACAAAAUGCUGGAAUUAGGAUAUGGGUAAGUGUUCUGUGUUAUGGUUGUAGAAUAAGAAAAACCAAAGCAACAAAAAGUGAAAUGAAGACCAUAAAAUUAAAUAGAAUUAAGAAAAUAAUUUUUUUCUGUCUCUUAUGAUCCAUAAAUAUUAGUUACUGUAGAUAUACAUUCAGAUUUAUUAUAUUUUAAAUUUGACCUUACUAUUUUUUUAUUUUUUAUUAACACAUCAGCCGUCUCCCACCAAGGCCCCUAGGGUGGCCUGAAAAAAAAAACUUUUAUCAUUCACUCUAUCACUGUCUUGCCAGAGGCACGCUUACACUACAGUAAUAAAACUGCAACAUAACACCCCUCCUUCAGAGUGAAGGCACUGUACUUCACAUCUCCAGGACUCAAGUCCGGCCUGCCGGUUUCCCUUAAUCCUUUUGUAAAUGUUACCUUGCUUAAGGUAGUAGGUUGGUAGAAAGUAACCACCAAGGGAGGUACUACCGUCCUGCCAAGUGAGUUUGAAACAGAAACCUGUAACUGUUUUACAUGAUGGUAGGAUUGCUGGUGUCCCUCUUUUCUGUCUCAUAAACACGUUGGAUAACCGGUAUAUCGUGUUACUUCUACUUAGGUCACACUACGCAGGCAUGCACAUGCAUAUACAUACAUACACACAUCUAGGUUUUUCUUCUUUUUCUUAAUAGUUCUUAUUCUUCUUUAUUUCCUCUAUUCUCCAUGGGAAAGUGGAAAAGAAUCUUUCCUCCAUAAGCAAUGCAUGUCAUAUGAGGCUACUAAAAUGCCGGGAGCAAUGGGCUAGUUACCCCUUCUCCUGUAGAAAAUUCUAAAAAAAGAUAUAAUUCAGUAUAACAUAGGGAUCAGACAAUUUUCUUCUUAUUCUUUUUAGUAAAAAAAGGAAAAAAGGGGGGAAAAAAAAAGGGAAAAAAGGUGAGUGGUGCAUUGAGGUAUAUGUGGAGUCAAAAAACGUUAUCUAUGGAGGCAAAGAAGGGAAUGUAUGAAAGUAUAGUAGUACCAACACUCUUAUAUGGAUGUGAAGCUUGGGUGGUAAAUGCAGCAGCGAGGAGACGGUUGGAGGCAGUGGAGAUGUCCUGUCUAAGGGCAAUGUGUGGUGUAAAUAUUAUGCAGAAAAUUCGGAGUGUGGAAAUUAGGAGAAGGUGUGGAGUUAAUAAAAGCAUUAGUCAGAGGGCAGAAGAGGGGUUGUUGAGGUGGUUUGGUCAUUUAGAGAGAAUGGAUCAAAGUAGAAUGACAUGGAAAGCAUAUAAAUCUAUAGGGGAAGGAAAGAGGGGUAGGGGUCGUCCUCGAAAGGGUUGGAGAGAGGGGGUAAAGGAGGUUUUGUGGGCAAGGGGCUUGGACUUCCAGCAAGUGUGCAUGAGCAUGUUAGAUAGGAGUGAAUGGAGACAAAUGAUACUUGGGACCUGACGAUCUGUUGGAGUGUGAGCAGGGUAAUAUUUAGUGAAGGGAUUCAGGGAAACCGGUUAUUUUCAUAUAGUCGGACUUGAGUCCUGGAAAUGGGAAGUACAAUGCCUGCACUUUAAAGGAGUGGUUUGGGAUAUUGGCAGUUUGGAGGGAUAUGUUGUGUAUCUUUAUACGUAUAUGCUUCUAAACUGUUGUAUUCUGAGCACCUCUGCAAAAGCAGUGAUAAUGUGUGAGUGUGGUGAAAGUGUUGAAUGAUGAUGAAAGUAUUUUCUUUUUGGGGAUUUUCUUUCUUUUUUGGGUCACCCUGCCUCGGUGGGAGACGACCGACUUGUUGAAAAAA